AUGAAGAUUUAUCAAUCUCAAGAAAAAAAUGAUUGUUUAAGUGAAUGUUUCAAUGCUGCAGAGCAAAUUCUCAGUUGUGGAAUCGCGCUAACAAGUUUGGAUUAUAGUGAAAGAGUGGUUCGUGUCGUGUCUCGCGGAUUAUUGACAUUUAUGUUAUGUUCUGUUGUUUUGUUUGUUUUCUGUUUCUGGGACGGCACUGGUUGUUUGGGGAGGCAAAUAUAA